UUUUUUACUUGCAUUAUUUCACUCAGUCAUCAGCAGAACACUUUGAAGUAGGUAUUAUUAUUUUUUGCAGCUUCUGUUUACGUUUAAAAAUGAAGACUAAAACAAAAACAAAGACGAACCAAAACUUAAUGAAUACUUAUUUUUGUUAAGCAUACAGUUAGGCAAUGUUCCAUUGGCCUUUAUUUUUGAUAAGAAAUGAAUUAAGUCAUCUUAAAGGCCCAGUUCAGCUCAAAUUUUUAAAGAAAUAUUUGGGGAAGUAGGCAUGAUUUCCAAUUGCCUCUUGAAAUGCAUGUUAGCUGUUCUUUUAUUUGUAGGUAAGGCAGUCUCCUGGAGAGAGAUGGAUUUCCCAUGCAGGUCAUCCUGGUUCCCAUGCCAUGUCAAUGGGAGGCAUAACUAAUACAUUACAGUCCUCCUUUCCUCAGAGCUUGGAUGUGCUUCAGAAUCCUCCUCAACAUUUCACUCUUGGUAGCUACUACUAACAAGUCAAAGCUGGCAUCCACUUUAAAAACUAUUUGUCAUCCCUAACACAUGUGAAUGGUUCCCUUCCCCCUAUUGAAACUCUGACUGUUUUAAAGAGUUUAACCUCAGUUCUGACUGAUGGCUCAAGAAAUUUCUAAUUUUAUGUUCUUAACAACAGCAGAAGCAUUUAAAAUAAUUUUGAUUACGGAUGCACCAAUACUUUGAUGACUACGCUAAUAUCAUAAACUGGUUUGAGACAAAUAUGUUUCUCAUAAUUUCAGAUUCUACAUGGUCACUGUGUUAGCUUCCACCUUUUCCUCUGAAAUAUGCAAAACCAAAGCUUUGUAACUGAGUUUGUUCUCUUGGGUCUUUCAUGGAAUCCAAGUGUUCAGAAAAUAAUAUUUAUUGUAUUUUUGUUCUGCUACAUUGCAACUCUUGGGAGCAAUUUGCUAGUUGUGGUGACAAUUGUCAGCAGCCCAGCACUCCUGGGAUCCCCGAUGUACUUCUUUCUGGCCUUCCUGUCCUUCCUGGAUGCCUGCUAUUCCUCUGCAUUUGCGCCAAAGAUGAUUGUGGACUCCCUCUAUGAGAAGAAAACCAUCUCCUUCAAGGGCUGUAUGACCCAGGUCUUUGCUGAUCACUUCUUUGCUGGAGUGGAGGUGACUGUCCUGACCGCCAUGGCCUAUGACCGCUAUGUGGCCAUUUGCAAGCCAUUGCACUACCCCUCUAUCAUGAACUGGAAGCUCUGUGGCAUUCUGAUGGGGGUAGCCUGGACAGGGGGCUUCUUGCAUUCUGUGAUACAAAUUCUCCUUAUUUUCCAGCUGUCCUUCUGUGGCCCCAAUGUUAUCGAUCACUUCCUAUGUGAUUUGAACCCAUUAUUGAAGCUUGCCUGUACUGACACUUGCAUCAGCAGCUUUUUGGUCGUUGCCAACAGUGGGUUUAUCUGCAUCAUAAUCUUCUCCUUGUUGCUUAUCUCCUAUUUUGUCAUCUUGCUCUCACUACGAACUCAUAGCUCUGAAGGACGGCUGAAAGCUCUCUCCACCUGUGGAUCUCACACUGCUAUCGUGGUUUUGUUUUUUGUCCCAUGCAUAAUUAUCUAUGCCCGACAUCCAUCUGCUUUCUCCUUUGACAAGAUGGUGACCAUAGUUUAUGCCUUCGUAACUCCCUUGCUCAAUCCUUUGAUUUACACUUUCAGGAAUAAGGAAGUGAAAAAUGCUAUGAGGAAAUUAUGGACCAGAUUGCUGGGUUUCUGAUGAAAAAUAAAACAUUAAACUUAAAAAUUUAAAUUUCAAGGGGAAAGAAUUCAAAACGGGCUUAACAAAAUGCUUUAUAGGGGUGGGAACUUGUAAGGCAGAAAGUAAUGUAAUGCCACAGAAAAAUAUUGAUGGGUAGGUCAGGAAAUGCUAUUACCACCCUCAGAUCACUCAUAUCUUGGAGUUGGCAGCUAAGUAUCCUUAUAGGUAAUUAAUGGAAAGUUGAAUUUUAUGUUUGUUUCGAAUAUAGUAAAGAAAAGAAAUCACUAAAAAAGAGGAAUCAGAUUAUAUUCUAAACUUCUUGCCAUGUACACCAUACUUUGAAAAGCCCUUAAGGAUAGUAGAAAAAAAAUCUUAGAUAUCAGGAAUAGGAACUUCAUGAAACUAUUUUAACUGAAGAAAAAGUUCACUUUUAGGGUCCUGAUCCCAGUUAAGCAGCUCUGGUGGCACACAAGGUAAGCCCUCAGGUGCUGACAUAAAGUGUGGUGGUUCAAAAUCACCACCUACUCUAUGUCAGAAAGAUGUGGCUUCUGCUUUCCUUAUAAAUAUCACAAAUCUGGAAACCUUCU